GCAUCAAACUCUCGUCUCAGUUCGCCCAUCGCAGUUCUCAUAUAUCGCCGCUGACGGAAAAGCAAAUAAUAGAAAUUAAUUUUUGAAGUUUUUUUUUUUUUUUCUUUUUACCCGUUUCUAACCGCGCCCCAUUUGCUUUCUCAACGCGUUCAUAUCCAAAAAAGAAAACAAAAAAAAACAGAGCACACGAUCAACAGAUUUAAUUUCUACCGAUUGGUUUUUGUUGUUGUUAUUGUCCAGUUCAUCAAAUCAAUCUACGUGCCAUCUUUCACACUCCGCGGAAACGGAAACUGAGCUCUUUCAAAAAACAAUUCGAAGAACAAAAAAUGAUGCACAAGUGGAGCGUAGCGAUGAUUUUAUGCUGCUGGAUGUUGGUGCUCUCAGUUAGCGCCAGAGCGUCGGCCAGUAAUCUAGACGAUGAUAACGGCUUGGAUGUUGAUUUCGAAGAUGUUAGCAGCACUGACGUCCACCCGACGGCGCGUUUCGCCUUCGUCAACUUGAAUUCCGACGGUUCGUUAUCCUUCACGUUCAACGCCACAUCUCUCCAGUACACGCUACUGGCCGCUUUAACUGCCCUCGUCUUGGCGGCCAUCCUUCUGCCCUUGUUGGGUCUUAUCGGCAUCGGCAGCCAAGAACCGGAGUACGGAUACGCUUAUACGGAUCAGCAAGGCUACACUGGAACUUCUUACGACGCUCCGGCACCUUCGUAUGGCGCUAAUUCUUACGGCGGCUCGUCCUACAGCAAACGGUCGUUGAGCUGGAUGGGUCCUGUCAUGGAAGCUCUGUCCAAGAGCUACCAGAAAUACGAGAUGGGCGGUGGAAGCAGCCGGAGCGAAGAGAAACAUCAAGAAUGAAAAUUGAGUUAAACGAUCUCUCUCUGGACAGAAAAGAAUUUGGAAUUUGAUGCUUUUACUGACUGAUGCAUUUCAACAAGUCUUUUUUGUUUUUUUUACUAUUAUUUUUUUUUAAAUAUGCAUGGUGCAAAUCUAAUUGUGAUUUCCGACGCAUUCUAUUCCUAAUUUUGACUGAUUGUUUUAUCUCUGGAUUUUCCUCUUGUUUUUAACUUAUUUCCAUACGGUUUUUCUUCCAUUAAGGAAGUUUCUCUGCAUUUGUUUUUUUCCCCUAGUUCUAUUUGGAUCCUCCCUUCCAUUUCUUGUGUCAUUCUAACGUAUUAUUUCACUUGCCUCGGAGUUAUUUGGUUCAUCGCCUCUAUAUUCUAUUUCUAAUUCUUGUUUCACCCCCCUCCAGUAAGAGAAGAGUAAUCAAAGGAGGAUAACAUCUAUCACACUCCUUUUCCCUUCCUCGACUGUUAAGUUAAUAUCUUCGACAAACGACCAGACAGUUUCUUUUUGAAACCUUCUCCUUCCAGACUGACACGCUUUAAUGACCGAUCUGAUGAUGUUCUGUUUGUUUGUUUUUUUCCUCGGGUUUUUCAUUACCUACAUUCUUCUCUAACUACUUUGUGACCUGACAACAUCGUUUGAAAACAAACAGCUGUCUCGACUCGCUCAAAAGGCUUUUCCUAUAUACUAUAGACACGACACAAAUACACGAACGCCUGCACGAACGACGAAGACAGUGGGACUUUUUGACGUGAACAUUUAACGGACGCUGAACGAACAUUCACUAACGAUAUCUCAAUUUGAUAUAGCGAGCUUCUUUCUACAUUGUUUCAUCUCCCUCUCCGUAUUAUUAUUUUUUUUUUGGAUCGAACCUAAUCCCACUCCACUUCGACAACGGCAUUAUUCCACAGACAGCACAAGAACAUCGACCAACAAGAUUCAUUUAAAUCUAUAAACACAAUCUAGACGUUAAAUUGUAAUCGAGAUGAGAUGAUAUACCUUUUUUUUGUUGUUAAGUGUACAUUUGAUGAUGAUAAACUGAUGCAAUACAACAGAUUAUUAUAUCCCA